UCAUGAUCUCCCUUCGAAGUUGCAGCUAUAAAUUGGUACGAUUUCUUUUCCCCAUCCCACAAUAAUGCCGUGGUCCUUACAGGAGGUCUCUCAACACAGCGAUUCCAAAUCAUGCUGGGUUAUCAUUGACAAGAAAGUCUACGACGUGACAAAUUUUCUGCAGGAACAUCCCGGAGGAUCCAGCAUUAUCCUCAAAUAUGCGGGCCGUGACGCAACAAGCGCGUAUGAACCUAUACAUCCCUCUGACGCUCUCGAGAAGAAUCUUGAACCUUCUCAGCAUCUGGGCCCUUUGGACAACGAAGCAGUUCAUGCCCUUACCAAAGCUGAGGCUUUGAAGAAGAAAACCAAGGAUGAAAUACGUUCAGAGCAAGCCAUGAACAAACGGCCUCCGCUCAAUCGUAUCAUCAGUUUAGCUGAUAUAGAGGAUGUUGCGAAACAAGUUUUGUCUUACAGGGCAUGGGCCUACUACUGCUCUGCCGCAGACGACGAAAUCAGUAUGCAAGAGAAUGCUCGCGCGUUUAAUAGGUUCUUCUUCAAUGCCCGUGUAAUGAGGCCUGUAUCCAAAUGUGAUCCUUCAACGAAGAUUCUAGGUUUUGAAACAACACUCCCAAUAUUUGUUUCUGGAGCCGCGCUUGCGAAAUUGGGACACCCGCUGGGCGAAGUUAAUAUCACGAAAGGCUGUGCCCCGUCGAAAAUCAUCCAAAUGGUUUCCUCGAAUGCAUCACUUUCAUAUGCCGAGAUUGCGGCGGCCUCCUCCCCUUCUCAGACAUUAUUCUUCCAGCUGUAUAAGCACAAGGACGACGCGACGGCCUUGAAACGCAUUCGGGAGGUGGAACAGCUAGGGUACAAAGCCAUUUUCUUGACGGUCGAUGCAAUCGUACCUAGUAAUAGGGAACGAGAUGUAAGAAGUCCAUGGGUUCUGGACGACCAGGAGACUGGAAUUAAAGUAUACAAUGACGGGGAAGGUGCCGCUGACUCAGAUCCUGGUCUUGGAGUCGCCGGGGCUUUGAUUGUCAACGACGACCGUGAUAUGACAUGGGAAAAGACCAUCCCGUGGCUUCGUAGUGUGACCAAACUCCCUAUAGUAAUCAAGGGCAUUCAGUGCGUUGAAGACGCGAUCUUAGCAGCUGAGGCAAACGUCGAUGGGAUACUGCUUUCGAAUCACGGGGGAAGACAAUUAGAAUAUGCCCUACCACCACUUGAAGUCUUGUAUCGACUACGAAUGCAACAGCAACAUAUAUUUAACAAGUUAGAAGUGUAUAUUGAUGGGGGUGUACGUCGCGGAACAGACGUUGUGAAAGCAGUGUGUCUCGGAGCCACAGCCGUAGGACUUGGUCGACCGUUCCUCUACGCUCAGAGUGCAUACGGCGAAGUAGGUGUACGCAAACUCAUUAGUAUCCUCGAGCGAGAAAUAGUUACCGCGAUGCGCUUAAUGGGCGUUGCUAAAAUCGCCGAACUAACGCCAGACAUGGUUGAACGCGUCAAUUGGCAUCCAGUAGCGAAGCUAUAAGCCAGACAGAUUUGUAGUCACUAUUAUCCUGGGGAAGUCUAAAUGCCCCUGAGCGCUCAACUUCACAAUAUAUCGAAAAUCAACAAGCCGUACAAAUAUCAAGCCCCGAAAAAUUUAUCAUAACUAUUUCUACAUCCAAUCCCAUGGUCCACGUGUGCGUUUACUUACUAAACCAUCUGUGUUUGAGGCUUCCAAGUUCCUCGUUAUUGUAGAGUCUAGACUAUGAGGUCAUCUUUCUAGUCUGACUCUCUGAUCCUAAUGAUUUCUUCUUCUGUCUUGAGUUCCUGAUUGUAAUAAGAUGUUGAAACGAGACAAUGAUCUUCCACGUCCAUAGAUGGACUAGAUAAU